AAUUUCGUGGUGAUAAUGAAAUGACAAUGAAGUGCGCGGCAAAUCGUAACAUAAAAGACAAUGCUUUUAAUUUUUAAAAACUUAAGAUAAUUACAAUAAAUGUAAGAUUUUUAUACAAAAUGACCUAUAUUACACAUUAGAUAAUAAUAAUAAAUUCUCCAAAGCAACGUGUAUAGUGAUUGGUGUUAGUGACGUUUGUAAGAAAUCAGUGAGGUUAUUUCGAUUUUAUAAGGAUUUUCUAGAGUUAAAUGGAUUUAGCACCAGCUCAAGAAGUCACAGAGCUGCUAAAACAAUGGGAGGAGCAGCACACAUCGCCUCUUUACGAUCCUAUACCAACAUUGACGAGGAUAGCAGAAAUAAUAGAAGCGGAGACAGAGAACUUCAUGAAGAAGGACCCAGACCCAUUCGACGAGCGGCACCCGUCGCGGACCGACCCCGAGUGUGCUCUAGGACACGCGCUCAAAGUCAUGUUCAAGAAGGACAACUUCAUGACUAAGCUAGUGAACGAUUAUGUACGCGACACGUACUACUCGCGUCAGAACAUAACGGGCCGCGACGUGCACAAGCUGAAUGUGGCGGCCUGCCGGCUCACGCUCGACCUGAUGCCCGGCCUCGAGAUGAGCGUCGUGUUCCAGGACAACGAGGCGUUGAUUCAUCGGCUAGUGAAUUGGGCGAGUAACUCGCCCGAGCCGCUGCAGUGUUACGCGACCGGACUGCUCGCCGCCGCCAUGGAGGUGCAGGAAAUAGCCACGAAUUUUAGGGAUCUGAAUGCAAUGCUAGUACCGCUAAUGCUAAGGAGACUACACGGGCUUAGGAAUAAAGGACAAGACGAGAAAGUAAAUCAAAAUUCAGCAACGCCACCGAACCAAACAAGACACUUUGCGAGGUUCGACAAGAAACGGAAUAGUGAAGCCAAGUGCAACGGACCCACAGCUGAUAGUAAAGAACGUGAAACAGAAGACAGCGGGGGCGGGGGGUGCGAGAUGGCAGUGGACGAGACGCCGCCCUCCACUGCGACCACGCACAGGGAUCCUGAAACGCCAGUCAAAACCUACAAUUGUAUACCAUCCUCCCCCCCGGAACAGCACUGGGGCAUGAUGUCCCCGCCUCCGCGGCCGCCUCCCCCCGCGACUGCCCCUCCGCCGCCGCACGAGACCUCCUCCAACUCCAGCUGGCUCGAAAUGGAAACAUAUGUCAUAGGCAAUAUACAAAUACAUCCUCCUACCGAUGCGACCAAACAGAUGCUAAUAUUGAGGUACCUGACACCAAUGGGCGAAUACCAGGAGUUCCUGUCGCACGUAUUCGAACAGAACGCGCUGGGCCUGAUCCUGGGCUACCUGAACGUGCGCGAGUCGAGGGACUCGCGGCUAGCGUUCGAAGCGCUCAAGUACCUCGCCGCGCUGCUCUGCCACAAGAAGUUCUCCAUAGACUUCAUCAACAUGGGCGGACUUCAGAAAUUCUUGGAGGUGCCCCGUCCGUCGGUGGCGGCUACGGGCGUGUCUAUCUGUUUGUACUACCUGGCCUACUGCGAGGACGCUAUGGAGCGGGUCUGCCUACUGCCGCGACGGAUACUCGCCGACCUCGUCAUGUAUGCGCUAUGGCUGCUCGAGUGCUCGCAUGACUCCGGCCGCUGCCACGCGACCAUGUUCUUCGGGCUGUCCUUCCAAUUUAGGGUCAUACUCGAGGAGUUUGACAACCAGGACGGUCUUCGCAAGCUGUACAACGUGGUUUCGACGCUGCCGAUCCUGGGCGGCGAGGACGAAGAGCUGCCCGUGUCGGAGGAUGAGACGUGCGCCGCCAGGCAGAUCGUGCGACACGUCGCCGUCGCGCUCAAGAGGUACUUGGAGGCGCACCUGCGACUACGGGCGGCCCAAGUCGCUCGUCAACAGGGCGACAACAUACCAGAACCACCUCCUUACAAGGCGUCGAAGUCAUCUCCAGAGGAGAUACAGGAGCAAAUAGAGCUGCUGCAAAGCGUGGCGUGGUCCCGCUGGGCGCCCGUGGACGAGCUGGUCGAGCUGGGCGGUAUCUCGCUCCUCCUCCAGGUGGUGGGGCUCGCGUACGAGUGGAACUUCAACGGCAGGUCGGAGACGGUCCGGUCGGCCCUCGAUGUGGUGUCUGUGUGCUGCGUGGCGCCGCGCGUUCAGCUGCUGCUCACCGAGAAGCUGGACAUGCGCGAUGCCGAGCUGACCACGGGCGUCAACAUCGUACUAGGCGCCGCGGACGGUGAAAUCGUACCGGAACCGGAAGUGCAGAAGGCAGCGCUCAACGUGCUCGUCAACUGCGUAUGCGCACCCGUACACAGGGCGGGCACGUCGACCAGUCGUUUCUCGGUGGGCGGCGGUGGCCGCAAGCGGACCGUGCUCAAAUCAUACGAGGACGUCAUUCAGAAGGUGUGGGAGAGCGUGCGUACCAACAACGGCAUCAUGGUGCUGCUUUCCCUGAUGAUGGUGAAGUCCCCAAUAACGGACGCGGACCGGCUGCGGGGGCUCGCCUGCCGCGCUCUCGCGGGGCUGGCGCGCUGCCCCACCGUGCGCCAGAUCAUCUCCAAGCUGCCGCUCUUCACCACCUCGCAGAUACAAGUGUUGAUGCGCGACCCGAUCCUGCAGGAGAAGCGGCAGGAGCACGUGAUGUUCCAGAAGUACGCGCUGGAGCUGCUCGAGCGCGUCUCCGGCAAGAGCAAGCGGCGCGGCGCCGAGUUCGAGACCAGCCUCGCCAACAUACACAGGGCUAACGUGGUGGCGCAGACGCGCAUCAACUACAACGAGCGGCAGCUGCUGCAGCUGGUGGGCGAGCACCUGGCCAGCCGCGGGCUGCUGGAGAGCGCCAGCACGCUGCAGCGCGAGGCGGGGCUGCCGCCGCCCGCCGCGCACCCGCCGCCGCCGCCGCCGCCGCCCGUCUACACGCCCUCCACGCCGCUGCGGCCGCGCCUGAUCUCUCGGACAAGCAGCUGUAGCUCCAUACAUCGAGACGCGGCCGAGCUCAACUCACACCACCCACUCGCCCACAACGCUCACAACGCCCACAACAACUCGCACACGGAUGAUAACCCACUGCCGCCUGUUAUUAAAAUAAGGAAGGUGGCCCAAAACUCACCAAUGAUAUCGUCGCCGUCUCCGUGCGAACGCGCGUUGGAACACAAGCGGUCGCUGCAGAAGCAGCUGAUGGGGGCCGGCGGCGAGCCCGUGGCCAGCCCCCACCGGGUCACGCUCCACUCCAUCAUCACCGAGUACCUGUACAACCAGCACGCGCUCUGCAAGAACCCCGUCGUCACCUGCCCGCAGUUCAACUUGUUCCAGCCACACAAGUGUCCGGAACCUCGAAGCGGCGUUGAAGCCAACUUAUGCGCUCGCGUAGUUCGACGAGAGCUGGGCAGCUCGGUAGGUGGCGCGCGGGCGAACUCACGCUACGUACACGGACACUUUGCACCGGCUAGGACGCUGCGUCUACAGGACGACGAUGCAUACUUCACGCACACCAUAUUCCAUCCGACGCAGCAGCAACUGCUCGCGGCGACGUCGUCGGGCGACAUCCGCGUGUUUAACCUGUUCACCGGCGUCGAGGAGAACUCGUACCAAGUGCACGAGUCGUAUAUAAGUCACAUGCAGGCAAGCAGAGACGGUCUACUCCUGCUAGCGUCGACACCGACCACGUGGCGGCCCUUCUCAGCUUUAUUCAGCAUGAAGGACUUUGAACAACUAUUCCAACUAGAUAACGAGGAGUACGUGGAAUUCUCCAAGAUGUCGGACGACAGGAUCAUAGGCACCAAGGGCGAAACAGCGACCAUAUUCGACACGCUGACUGGCCGCGAGCUGAUGACUCUCACGCCGUCCAUCAGCAACCAGUACGCGAAGAAUCGGGCCACCUUCAACCCCACCGACGAACUGGUGCUUUCAGACGGCGUGCUAUGGGACGUGAAUACUGGCAAAGAGAUACACAAGUUCGACAAGCUGAAUCAAACCCACAGCGGCGUCUUCCACCCCAACGGGCUGGAGGUGAUAUCAAAUACCGAGGUAUGGGACUUACGUACCUUCCACCUGUUGCGAACGGUCCCAACGCUGGACAAAUCUGAGGUGACGUUCAACCCUAGUCACACGGCGCUGUACGCGCUGUGCUCGGACCGCGACGCGGAGGAGCGCAGCCAGUUCGACACCAGCUUCAAGACCCUCGACGCAUUCGACUACUCCAGCAUCGCGACGAUAGAGGUGAAGCGGAACAUAUACUCGCUGGGCGUGUCCCCGUGGGGUACGCAGAUCGCGCUGGUCGAGAACGUGGGCGACAUCGACCAGGUGCAGGAGUCGUGCGUCAAAGUGUACGACGUCGGCCGCAAGCGGGACCACGACGACGAUGCGGAGGAGGAUGAGGAGGAGGAGAUGGCCGGCGGUUCCGAGAACGACGACGGUUCCGACUCGGGAUCGGAUAACGACGAGGAUCUGGCGGCAAGUUUGCUCCGCAACGCGGUGAGGGGCCUCGUAGACGGCGGCAGUUCAGGGGAGUCCUCGCGCGAUGGGCAGGAAGUGGAACGGGACGACCCGCCCGCGGCCGCCGCGCCCGCCCCGCACCAGCAGCGAGCACGCGCUCGCCGACGACGACUCCGCUCGCGGCGACGGGCGGCCGAGCGAGCACAGAGCAGCGACAGUGACGGAGACAUCGACAUUGGCGACCUGAUACAGUUCGAGCUGGACUGAGCGGCUACCGGCACCCUAUAUGUGAAUACACGUGUUGAGCAGUUGG